GCUUCUCACCUCAUCAACGCGUGGCAAAUAAUGGACUUUUUACCACAAAUUCGGGUAAGUCGCAGCGGUUAAAAGCUAAAGAAAGACGAAUUAAGUCACAAUGAUCUCAGUCGAGCUCUGGAGCGCGGAGGAGGUGGCGGGAUGGAUACAUCAUAUCGGCCUUCCCGAAUUCGCAAAAAGCUUUCUCGAAAACUCAGUCUCAGGUCUUGGUCUCCUGGAAGUCAGUGAUUCAAUGCUGGAGUGGCUGGGUCUGAGGGAGGUGGAGCAGCGCCUGUACGUGUUAGAGCGUCUGGAGGAGCUGGUCACCCUACAGGACGAGGCCACGCCCACGCCGCCCCCCCCGCCCGCCCCCCACCCCCCCUCCACGCCCCAGCAGCAUGAGCACAGCCCACUGACCCCACCCACGGAGCAGGCGGAGAGCACCAACACAGCGUUUGUGUCGGCGGAGGGCGAGUCAGAGAGAGAAGAGUUUGUGGAGGAGAAGCAGGAAGUAAGAUCUGAAAUGUUUCGGAAAAAAGCUUCGUCCUCGCUGCGAAUGAAAAGGAUUUCAGACAGCCAUAGAUGGAGCAUCGACCGUGGACGUAGCUCCUCCUUCCAUGAGGUGCGCGCCCAGCAGCAGGGUGGGGCUGACAUGAGGGCGGCGGCCGAGGACAACGCCCCUGGCGGCGGCGGCGGCGGCGGCGGCAACAGCAGCACCGUGCUCCAGCGCCUCCUACAGGAGCAGAUGCGCUAUGGCGAGGGACGCAACUACCUGGCUCUACAACAACAACAGCAACAACAACAACAACAACAACAGCAGCAACAACAACAACAACAACAACAACAACAACAGCAGCAAGGGGGGUACGGCGGCCAGGGACCUGCAGACGACCACUCCAUGACCCCCCACAUCGCCCGGCAGGAACCCCAGGGACAGGAGCUGCAGACGGACAACGGCAUGGAGAAGCUGGGCUCUUCUCGUGGGGGUGGAGACAGCGUCGGAGGGGGCAGCGGGCAGGGGCCCAACCCGGAGGACCUCCCCUCCUACGAGGAAGCCAAGGUCCAGUCUCAGUACUACCGGGGGCACCAGCCCCCGCCGCCCCAGCAGCAGCAGCUUCCUGGCUCCGUCGGCGCCGCCUUCUACGUGACGGGAGUCACCAACGCCAAGGUGCGUACGGAGGGGCGGCCCACGGUGCAGCGGGUGAGCGGCCCGGGUAAGGUGCACCAGGACGACGGGCUGAAGGACCUGAAGCAGGGUCACGUCCGCUCCCUCAGCGAGCGCCUCAUGCAGCUGUCGCUCGCCACCAGCGGCGUCAAGGCCCACGCCCCCGUCACCUCCGCCCCCCUCUCCCCCCAGCUGCCCCCCCCCGGGCCCCCGGGGGACUACUACAAGCCCCAGGGGCAACACCGCGGACCCCCACCAGACUACCCCUUCAAGGGCAUGGGCUCCCCCCCCAAGCAAGAGCCGGGGCUGGGGGGCCUCUACUACCAGGAGCAGCGGCCCAGGGAGCACAGCAGGGAGAUGCCACACGUGAGGUACCAGCCUCCUCCAGAGUACGGCUCCUUCAGGUCCAAUAAGGAUGGCUCAGUCCACUCCCAGAGAUCCGCCCACCACCAUAGCCCCACCUCCUCCGUCACCUCCGUGGGGUCGCUGUCCCGCGCCCAGUCCUCCACCCUCUCCAGCCUGCUCAGCGCCUCCCACCCCCAACCGCAGGCCGAGGCCUACCCCCCCAUGGGCCCCCGCAACCACCAGGGCCCGGGAGCCCACCAGGGGGACCCCUACGGCCAGGGGCCCACGCACCACCAACCCCAAAGGGGCCACGGCUUUCCCUACGACUCCUACGGAUCCACCUCCAGGAUGCACCAGCAGCACCACCAGCAGCAGCAACAACAACACCAUCAUCAUCAACAACAACAACAACAACAUCAAUACCAACAACAGCAACAACAACAACAGCAGCAACAGCAGCAACAGCAUUACCAGGGGCUGCCCCCAGGGCACUACCCCCACCCCCACCUGCAGGGGGAGCCGUACGGCAUGAUGGAGCGCGCUCAGCAGAUGGUCGACAGGCUGUCGGAGGAGAACAGGAUGCUCAAGCAGGAGAUGGAGGUGUGCCGAGACAAGGUGGCCAAGCUACAGAAGCUGGAAACAGAGAUCCAACUGGUGUCAGAGGCCUAUGAGAGUCUGGCCAAGUCCUCAUCUAAGAGGGAGUCUCUGGAGAAGACCAUGAGGAACAAGCUGGAGCUUGAGCUGCGACGACUGCACGACUUCAACAGAGACCUGCGAGAGCGAAUGGAGACGGCCAAUAAGCAGCUUGCUGCCAGAGAGUGUGAGGGUUCUGAGGACAACCGCAAGACCAUCUCUCAGCUGCUGGUUCAGAACAAGGAGACGGUGCGCGAGAGGGAGAAGCUGGAGAUCGAACUGAACGCCCUACGCUCCACCACCGAGGAUCAGAGACGACACAUCGAGAUCCGAGAUCAGGCGCUCAACAACGCCCAGGCCAAAGUAGUCAAACUGGAGGAGGAGCUGAAGAAGAAGCAGGUGUACGUGGAGAAGGUGGAGCGCAUGCAGCAGGCGCUGGCUCAGCUGCAGGCUGCGUGUGACAAGAGAGAGCAGCUGGAGCAGAGACUCCGCACACGCCUGGAGAGAGAGCUGGAGGCCCUACGCAUGCAGCAGCGGCAGGGCGGGGCUCAGAGCGUCGGAGGAGGCGGGGCCUCGGAGUACAACGCCACGGCCCUGAUGGAGCACCUGAGGGAGAAGGAGGAGAGGAUCCUGGCGCUGGAGGCCGACAUGACCAAGUGGGAGCAGAAGUACCUGGAGGAGAGCGUCAUGAGGCAGUUCGCCCUGGACGCUGCCGCCUCUGUCGCCACCCAGAGGGAUACAUCGUCGGUGAUUAGCCACUCCCCCAGCAACAGCUAUGACACAUCUGUGGAGGCCCGCAUCCAGAAAGAGGAAGAGGAGAUCCUCAUGGCCAACAGACGCUGUGUGGACAUGGAGAGCAGGAUAAAGAACCUGCACGCCCAGAUCAUAGAGAAGGAUGCCAUGAUCAAGGUGCUCCACCAGCGCUCCAGGAAGGACCCCAGCAAGUCUGACGCCCCGGCCACCAUGAGACCCUCCAAGUCCCUCAUGUCCAUCGCCAACACGGGCGGCUCCAGCCUGCUGUCCCACAGCCUGGGCCUUAGCUCCUCCCCCAUCACAGAGGAACGCAAGGACACCAGCUGGAAGGGCAGUCUGGGCCUCCUGCUGAGCCCAGAGUACCGCAUGGACUCCCUCAGGACGGACUCCAUCUCCUCCUCGCCCUCCCCUGUCCUGCCCUCCAGCCCCAUGACUGCCGGGCACUCCAAGAGUGGAAGCCGGGACAGCUGCACCCAGACGGACAAGGGCCAGGCCCCAGAGGGGACCAAGGCCAGCCCUCCUGCCCCGCAGAGCAUCACCCUGCCCAGCCGCCUCUCCAGCCCCAGCCCCGUAUACAUCCCCGACCGCAUAGCAGACGUUCCAGUGUUCCAUUCCAGCACCCUAGAGAGGCGCGCCCCGUUCCAGCCCCACGCCCCGCCCCCUGCCGCCCAACAGGAAGUCGACAACGACAUGGUGGAGAUCCUCAUCUGACCUCUGACCCCUUGACCCCCUGACCUCCGGCAGGCCACAGGACAGGAGGGGAGAGUGUGUGCCUGGACACACACGCACACACACUUUCUAAAUAGGUGAAGGAUUCUGUUGUUUUUUUGUUUUGGUGUCGAGCUCGCGGGGUGGGGAACUGAGAUGGUGUUUGGAUGCACUAUGUAUUUCUCAUGAGAAACACCAUGUUCAGUCCUGUUUCAGUCCGCCUACUCCUGCGCAGUAUUGCUGAGGGCUACUGGCUAACAAGCACCAUGUGGACCAAAUGUUUUGGUUAACAUUCAUUGCAUUUAUUGCACUACUUAUUAUUAUUUUUUUUAAUCUUUUUUUUUUUACUUAAAGUGUGAUGUAGUUAUUCUAUUUAUGUUUAGUAGUACGUUCAUUAUUUACCAACGUUAGACGAGGCACUUGGGUAGUCAAAAGUGAUAUUGUGUGUGAAUUACAAAACAAUCCUAUAACCUGUAAAUACUGUAUUUAGAAAACAGCAGUAGUAGUAUUAGUAUUACUAGUGUAUUACUGAACUGAACCCAUGUGGGCAUUAGAAUGCCUAUUCAGUUCCAGGGCACUGGACUCAGAGUACCACAAUGCACUGCUUUUCAAUCGGGGUCUCCCAAGGUUCCCCUGGAGCUCAGGGGCUCCAGGAAGUAGAUGGAGAGGAGCCUAAAUAUUGGACAUUCACAACAAUGGAUGGCCAGAAUUAAAUUAGUGAAGAAAUUAGUUGCUCGGUUAGGUUCUCGGAUUAAGACAACCUUCUGUCUUUUCUAUUGUGUCAGCUCUUUCAUGUUUAAGACAGAGAGAGAGAGAGAGAGAGAGAGAGAGAGAGAGAGAGAGAGAGAGAGAGAGAGAGACUGAGAGAUCAGAUAUCUGGUGUUUCAGGAAGCUGUGUGUCCCCCUACUGGCUGGGGUGUGUUACUGCAGGAGUUGUAGUGAGGCAGCUUGGCUGCUCAGUGCGCCUGUGAAGUCAACCAGUGCCUCUGUUUGCAUAGCCGCACAUGACUUCCUCGGGGUGACCUAACCUGGCUUGGCAGGUGUAAUCAGACCAGCGUACAUGCAACUGUCACCACAUUCUGUCUGGUCAGAUCAGUGAUUUCUCCAAGGAUGGAAGCGGUAUGGUGGUCUUAGCUGACGGUUCUAGCUGGGACUAGGUGGGUAACUGGUUGUCCUAAAUUCCAGUGUAGCCAUCUUUAGUGUCCUGUGGUGUUUUUUUUCCCUUGUAGACUGCUUCAAAUGAUAUCCUGACUCCAAAAGUCUGUUUGAAUUGACCUCGGUUUUUCUACAUGGAUCAGAUUGUCAUCAACGACUCUCGUCGACAGCCAACAGAGCCCCUCCCCCCCCCCCCCUACAGCCAACCAUUGCCUUGGUAACCAUAGUCCAAUCAUACAGGCUAUAGUAGGUAGUAGUGUGAAAGUGUGUUCUCAAAGCCAAAUACAUGGGACCAAAGAAGCCAUCCCCCCUUCCCUCCUCCUCCUCCACACACACAUCAGCUGAUCUGACGACCAGCUCUGCGUGUGUGUGUUAUAUGUCAUGUGAUCUGAACUUCUAAGUGUGCGUGGUUGUGGUCUGGUCGGAGGCCAGCUGUGUUCAAGCCAGCGGCGUCCCCACGGCGACCGGACACGACACAGAAGCCCGGUGUGAGCGAGCGGGUGCACACUUCUGUCGUGGCGGAACUCCGGAGCGGUCGGAACACUCGUUACCACGGCAACCCUCCGUGUUCCGGAAGGCCUGACGGGGACCUCCAAGCACAUAGAUGCGUUCAGUGUUACUAUCACGAGACUCUUCCUUUUUUUGGGGGGGGGGGGUCACAUGUUUGGUGUAACAUUGAUAAUGGGCCUUGGGGGUGGAAGACUCUAACUCUUAAGAUGUGACUGAAUGCUUUAUAUAUGUGUAAAAUAUACAUGCUGUAUUCUAGCUCUUUUUCAGUAGUUACUUCAGUGACAUUUCAAAAGGUCAACGUACGUCUUCGCGUGUAGCGUUUGAGCAUGAAAUGCUCUCCUUCUUGACUGACAAUCCUAGCUCGACAUUUCCAUACAAUCAGCUCCAGAUGUCUGUAUAGAUGCCGUUUCCGUUGACUUAGUCAAACUCUUUACAAGGAGAGUGGACCUUGAAGCUGCGCUGAUGUUCAGUGCGGAUGGCACCCUGCUCUCCUGUGUCCCAGCUGGGCCUCCGUCCUUCCUGGCUCAUCUUCACUCCACGUCACGAGGUCCUCUGGGUCCUUACCAGAUAAAGAACUACAACUACCACGUUCCUACUCACGCAAAGAACUACAAGGACCAUUGGACAGUCUGUUAGUGUCACCCAGUGCCCACAGAAGCACCAGCUAGCACACCUGCCUUAAGGAGCGUAUAAGGACAGAUCAGACAAGUGUGGUAUUAACUUAAGUAGUUGAGAAUACAGAGUGGAAUGUUGGACGUUACCAUGACUACAACAGAAUGUUGGUAACAAAAAAUACCAAUCUGAAUAUCUGAAUAACCAGCUCUUGUUUAAUAAUUCCAGUGCUUUCCUACACAGUCUGUAUAAUAGAUGCUGCUUGAUAAGGUUAUCGUUACUGUACAAUCACAAAUCAUGUUGAAUUAAAUUGCAUUAAUCAUAAUCAAGUAUUCGUUUUUUUUACAACGUUCAUCUCAUGCUGUUUAACAUCUGUGUGUUUAAAUGUGCCCCUUCUGACGGUGGCCAAAAUUACAGACAACUCCAAAUGUAGCGAGUUUACAUGUUUUAGUCAUAAUUUAAUUAUUUUGUUAAUAAACACAAUGACACAUUU